CACUGUCUCUCAGAGGGACCGCCUCAGGUUCAGCUGACGCAGUGCUCAUCCUCAGGGGUCCGUGUUCAGCAGCUGCCCUCUCAGCUAAUGCUAUCUUUCUUCAGACAGGUGAGAGCGCAGUUCACCAGGCCACCACUCUUUUGCACAGUCAGUCCCAUUCUUCUGUGAGGACACAUCUACCGUCUUGGCUGGCUGGAGAUCCCCAAGUCCGGGGGGAUUGCUCAGGGCCCAUCACCCUCGGUCCUCAGCAAUCUGCGGAGUCUGAAUGCUCUGGGAGUGCCCUGUGGCUCCAUCCCCUUCUCCCUGCCCCUUCACCCUCUCUGGGGCCCAGUGGUACCCAGCCUUGUGACCAGGGGCCCACCCGGUGCCAGGCCUGUCUGCUCAGAAGCAUCUGGGCCCAGCCCCCACUCUAGAAUGGGAAGGAGCUGCCCUCUGUCUGUCCUGGGCCCGCUCUGCCUCACCUGUGGUUGUGAGUGUGUGUAUGUGUCGUUUGUUCCCAUCACUUGCUGGGAACGAGGGAGAAACACAACAAGCCCCCCGCCUCACUCCAGCUGUGGAGCCCCCGCGCUGGGGGACAUGGGGACAGCCGGAGCGGGAGGGCUGGGGAGGGGGAGGCAGAGCUUUGGGAGGAGAUGAGGUAUAGUAACGGAUGCUGCCCAGCAGGCAGUGGAAGAGGCAGGGAUGCAUCAGUGUCGCCUGGAGCUGGCGGAAGUGUCGAUGAGUGGAGAUGCACACACUCCACUCCAAGUGUUCACCCCAGGAUGGCGGUGGCUCAGGGACCUGCGGACCCCUCUUCGCCAGAACAGAUGUCGUGGAGGAUGAUCAGCCAGCCCACCCACACAGCUGUGGAAGGCACGUCCCGUAGCCUGCAUCCUGCUGGGCCUGGGGAAGAUUGGGCCCAGGACGAGGCAAUCCCCACCCUGGAGAUCACCCAUGAGGCCCAUGACGACGAGUCAGAGAACGGUGCCGUGCCCAGCGAGGCCACCGAGAAGGACCACAGCCACCAACAGGGCAACUGGCGCAACCGGAUCCAGCUUGUCCUAACACACGUGGGUUAUGCCGUGGGCCUAAGCAGUGUCUGGCGCUUCCCAUACAUCUGCUGUCACAACAGGGGCGGUACACAGUGGGCCCAGGGCAGGGACCACCCACGUGGAUAG